AUGGACUUUUCAUCAGAUAACAACACCACCCUUAACAAGCGUCUGUUGCGCAGCUACUCCUGCCCAGAGAUCCCUGCUCUCCUCCACCAUGACAGCCACUGGACCACCUCUCUGCAUGGCAGGAUCCUCUCCGUACCCCGGCUCCACCCCGCCCUCUUUCCUCCUGUCCCCACUCCUCCCGCACCGUCCAGACGUCCACGCCGUCAUACUGUCUCUAGUGUGGAAAUUGAGCGGGAGAUAGCUCCGUUAUGCCUGCGUAAAGAGGUGUUCCCCUCAAAAAGGUCCUAUUCAUUGGGCAACCCGUCCUACCACCUGUUACCCAGUGUGCCACUCUCCACUUCCAUCUCUGUCUGGGCCUCCUGCUUCCUGUCAAGCCCCCUGGCCUUCCUCUCCAGGAAAUUGCAAAAAGGAAGUCUAGCUGCCACUAGUAGUGCUUGCAAUCAUGAUACCUCCCCUUCCUCCUCUUCCAUUUCACCAUCCUGCUCUUCUGUACGUCACCUGUUCUCCAGUUCCGACCCCUGUGACCUGACAUCAGACAUAUCCUCUGCUUCAGUCUCCUCCCUUUGCAGUGCAUUGUCAAAGAUUCCCUUGGAGAAUGAGACAAGCCAGCAGCAUGAGGAGGAUGGGGAGAAUGUGGAGGACAGAAACCGUUUCAGGAAUGAGUUCGAAGCCAUGGGGAGGAGAGAAGAAAAAGCAUUGUCAGAUUCUGAAAUUAAGUUGGAAACCGGCAAAUAUGAGGAACGAAGGAAAGUGUCAUCCAUUCGAAUUCGCAAAGCCUUACCCAAACCCCUCCACAACCUCACACCCAUGGGCCUGCCCAAGCCUAUCAGGGUGAAGAAAAAGGAGUUCAGUUUGGAGGAAAUCUACACUAAUAAAAACUUCACCAAGCCCCCUGAAAGACGGCUGGAGACCAUAUUUGAGGUGCCACUCAGUCGACGCGAUGGGUCUCAUUCCCUCCUUGGUCUGAAGCGCAUGAAGCGUUUUGUGGAGUUCCCAGAGGUUGGUGUGGCCAGAAAGCCAAGGAAGCCACUUGUUGGUGCUGGGGCAGGGGGUGUUUUACCCAGGAAAGCUGGGGUUGGCUCUCCUUUUGGAAGGCCCAAGCGCGGGGGUUGCCUCUCUUCUAAAGAUCACCCCACCCUCAAUCUGCAGGAGCUUGAUUCACUUCUUUGCUCCAAGCUUGACCAGCUGGAUUCCUGGUUAUCUUUUGACCAGAAUAUCUAUUGACAAAUGCCAAUCAAAGGGGUAGACAAUAGCACAUUUACAUUUUCGAAAAUAUUGUUAUUACAAAUUGCCCAGCCCCGUUGCCUCCCAUCCAACAUCAAGCUCGUCCUCAUCUUCUGUAAUUGUUUACAAUGUUUUUCUUUUGUGGGGGUGUAUUAUUUACCUUCCAUUGAGUCGUUUAAAAUAAUCAUUGAAGAAUUUUUGUAUUUUCAUUGUGUACUAUUUGUCGAUAACGAUAUAAGAAUAUACUGUUAUUGUAAUAUUUGAUUAUCUAUGGAUGUAAUGCAUUUUAUAUCAUUGGUUUAGGUCAGUGAGUGCAUAAGUGUUUGUAUUUAAAACUGCUACUAUUUCUGCACUCAGUUUUGUUGAUAAUCUGUAUUCUUAAUAUGCCAAAGCCUCAGCCUUUUAAUCAUUAUUAAACACGUCCUGCUUUAUUAAUCACUUGCUACUGAAUCCUACAUUUGGAAGCUCACAUGCAACUCAAAUCUUUGUGGAUAUUAUCCAUUGACAUCAAUGUGUAUUUACACAGCAGUUAUUGAAUGCACAUACUUCUCAAGUAAGGUUUCUUACUAGCCAAACAAUUUCCAGAUGAUAAUUCCCAAUUGCGCUGUAGGUGCAAACCUGUUAUUGGCAACUAGCAUCAAAAUGGCAGAUACUUUCAAUAUAUAUUGAAUGUUGAGAAUUCUGUUUUUGGCCAAAUUACAGCUGUAAGAAAAUGUUUCUGGUUCUGACAAUCACAGACUUCAUAUUUUCUUUUAGAACCGUCCUUUAAUUGUUGCCUGACUAUUCCUGCCAAUUCUCGCCUUGUAUACACAUUAAAUUGUAUUGUUUUCUUCACCUCCGGAUUAUAACUAUAGCAAAUAAAAUGUAUAUUGUCCGUUUUAUACAGUUUUGUAAAAAAUUCUAUGUAGAAUUGUUACUUGUGUAAAAUUGAACGUAAACGUCAUGACACUCCAAUGAGUAUUUCUAUGGAAACAUUAGCAUGAAUAUUUUCAUCAAUGCAGUUAGUUUAAUGUUUUGUAUCAUUGUGGAUUGUAAUAUUUGUUUUGAUAGCAAUAUUUAAUUGAAAAUUACUAGUAUAUACAAAUUACUUUUCUAUUACAUCACAUUUUUUGUAAUUAUAUUUCUGAAAAUAUUUGUCUUUACUGUGUGGUAUUGAAUAAAUGUAUUUGUAUGCA